AUGACUAAGAAACAUGACAUAAAUAUAAUCAUGGGCGACUUCAAUGCAAAAGUAGGAAAAGAGGAAACAACAAAUGUGACUGGAAAAUUCGGUCUAGGAGACAGAAAUGAAAGGGAAAAUAGACUAGUGCAAUUUUGUCAAGAAGAGGAAUUCAUAAUUGGUAACACGUAUUAUAAAUUAUCAGAGAGACGACUGUACACAUGGAAAUCACCACAAGACGGAAUGAGAAAUAUAAUACGUAAUCAAAUUGACUACAUCUUAAUUAACAAAAGAUUUAAAUCAUCGAUGAUACGGGCAAAAACACUUCCAGGCGCAGACGUUCCUUCUGAUCACAACUUAUUGCUGGCAACGAUACGAUCUCGAUUAACAUCACGGAAAACAAAACAGAAAAAAUCCCAUAUCGAUAUACAAAAACUGGAAAACGACUAUAUUAGAAAUGACUUCCAAAACAAGCUAAAUGAAUUAUUGACAAGCUGCAAUACUGGUGAAAAUCCGAUUGAAUGGUGGAAUAAUACUGCUGACAAGAUAAGAAUACUGACAACUAAUACACUAGGAACAAGAAUUAAUGUAGCAAAAGAAAAAUGGAUGAAUGAUGAAAUUCUGAACUUGAUGAAUGAGAGAAGAAAAUAUCGGAACAUAAACAUUGACGAAUAUAAACGUAGAAACAAAGAAAUCAGAGACAAAAUAAGAGACGCAAGAAACCAAUGGAUGGGCAAACAAUGCGAGGAUAUAGAGCGAUUGGAAAAGUUACAUGAUAGUUUUAAUUUACACAGAAAACUAAAGGAAAUAUGCAACCUGAGAAGAUACAAUACAAUUAAUACAUUAUACGAUACAAACGACAAGGUUAUAACAGACGAAAACGAAAAACGCAAUAUUUGGGUACAAUAUGUCCAUGAAUUAUUCAAAGACGAUUCAAGAGAUUGGUCAGACUCCACAACCAAUAACAGCAGCAGCAUAAAACAGCAGCACAGGAGCUGCAACAACCAAGCAAUUAAGACAGCAGCGCGGGAACUGCGAGUGACCAAUAACAGCAGCAGCAUAAAACAGCAGCACAGGAGCUGCAACAACCAAGCAAUUAAGACAGCAGCGCGGGAACUGCGAGUGACCAAUAACAGCAGCAGCAUAAAACAGCAGCACAGGAGCUGCAACAACCAAGCAAUUAAGACAGCAGCGCGGGAACUGCGAGUGACCAACUUUAUAAAGAAAUUUUUUCUUGUGUUAGUUGAAUCAUUUAGUACUUGUGAGUAUUUUAUAUUGCAACAGAUCAUACUUAAUAACAAUAAUCAGAACCAGGUUUCUGAAACACGUGAGAGUGACUGCGUUGAGAAUUUUAGUUGA